AUGCCAACAAACUCCAUCAAGUUAUUAGCACCGGACGUUCACCGUGGUUUGGCUGAGCUUGUUGCUAAAAGAUUAGGUUUACAAUUAACUAGCAGUAAACUAAAGAGAGAUCCAACCGGCGAAGUUUCCUUUUCUAUUGGAGAAUCUGUUAGGGACCAAGAUAUCUUUAUCAUUACGCAAAUUGGUUCUGGUGUCGUGAAUGAUCGUGUUCUAGAGCUACUGAUUAUGAUCAACGCUUCGAAGACUGCAUCCGCAAGAAGAAUCACUGCCAUUAUUCCAAAUUUCCCUUAUGCAAGGCAAGAUAGAAAGGAUAAGUCUCGUGCUCCUAUUACUGCUAAAUUGAUGGCAGACAUGCUAACAACAGCCGGCUGUGAUCAUGUGAUUACUAUGGAUUUGCACGCCUCUCAAAUCCAAGGGUUCUUCGACGUUCCGGUAGAUAAUCUAUAUGCAGAACCAAGCGUAGUUAGAUAUAUCAAAGAGAAUGUCAACUAUAUGGAUUCAAUAAUAAUUUCGCCGGAUGCUGGUGGGGCAAAACGUGCUGCCACUUUGGCUGAUCGUCUGGAUCUAAAUUUUGCAUUGAUCCAUAAGGAGAGAGCUCGUGCAAAUGAGGUUUCCCGCAUGGUUCUUGUUGGUGAUGUUACUGACAAGAUUUGUAUCAUUGUUGAUGAUAUGGCCGAUACCUGUGGUACUUUAGCUAAGGCUGCUGAAAUUCUUUUAGAUAAUAGGGCCAAAUCUGUUAUUGCUAUUGUUACGCACGGUGUUUUAUCAGGUAAGGCUAUUGAAAAUAUCAAUAAUUCUAAACUGGAUAGAGUUGUUUGCACAAAUACUGUCCCAUUUGAAGAAAAAAUCAAAAAGUGUCCAAAACUGGCCGUCAUUGACAUCAGCAGUGUGCUGGCUGAAAGUAUUCGUCGUUUGCAUAAUGGUGAAAGUAUUUCUUAUUUAUUUAAGAAUUAUCCCCUAUAA